CAUCCACCUUAUCAUCCAUGUAUCGGGAACUAUACAUUUGGUUGAAGCGAUUACAUGGACCAGCCAUCCUCAACUAGAGAGGCUCGGAGGUCGUAUCAGAGGGCCUACAAGGCGUGUCUGGAGUGCCGGAAGCGAAAAUCAAGAUGUAUCACGCAAGACAACGGCCCAUGUACACGGUGUUUACGGCAAAGGACGGAAUGUGUUUUGGGCGACACACAUCCGCCCAGGCAUCGCCAAAAUGAUAACUUUGCAAUACCACAACGAAGCACUCUCCCUUCAUCGCCGUGGCAAGACCUUCUCACAAACACUUCUACCCAGCAUAGGCCUAGCAGCCACAAUGCUCAGCAGAACACAACGACUCUCGACAGCAGUAGAUCCCAUUUGACUUGCCAAACAUCCUCGAGUCAGGACUCACCAAAUAUCCUAGCAAGAUCUGUUGUGCGUACUGUUAUCUCAGGUGCCAAUGACGCAUUCAAUCUUCUCUUCGAUUUCGCACCCAAUCACAACCAGAUGCCUCGUGAUGAUUUGUUGAAUACAGUGGAAGCUCAAUCCCUAAGUCGGGGCACUGUGUCGCCGAGUGUCGAGCAUCAGAACCAAAGCCUCGAGGUGUCAUCCUUGUCAGCAAUGCGAUCUCCACACCCUCGAAACUACUCUUCCUCGCUUGUGCUAAUAUGGCAGUCCUGCCAUUUCGUUCACAUGGGGUGGCUGACACCACGUGAAGCCAUUCAAUACGUGGACUUAUUUUUCAAGAAUAUGUCCCCACUCUCGCCGGUAUUAACAGAUUUUUAUGCCCAGCACUCCAACCACCUCCAGCUCAUUACACAGGAGCCCAUGCUAUGCUGCACCAUUCUGAUGAUAUCUUCUCGGUACCACGUCUUGCCUGGCGUUGGAAGCGCUGCGAAAGGGUACUUCCUUCACAACCGACUUUGGAAGCAUUGCGAGCAUUUGAUCUUGAGGAUCAUGCUCGGACAGGAGAAAGGAGCUCAGACAAGAGCUCGAUCAGUGGGUUCUAUUGAAGCCCUGCUGUUGAUAAGCGAAUGGCAUCCCAGAUCACUUCAUUUUCCUCCAGAAAGCCAUGGAUGGGACGCAGACCUACUUCAACGCUCUUCACAGGAUCGCGACGUGGAGAUGAAUGAGGCUGACGCUUUUCCAGAUGAGGAGGGGACCAACCCUUCGGCCCAAUGGCUUGAAGAAGUCAUUGAACCGACGAGGAGGUCUGAUCGGAUGUCCUGGAUGCUGCUGGGCUGUGCUAUGUCUUUAGCUCACGAACUAGGAGUUUAUGACCACAAGACGUACUGCAGCAGCACACUGCCACCUCAAACCCGGGAAAAAGAGAUUCAAGAUCGCAAGCGUCGUCUUCAGAAGCUAUUAUACGUUUUCCACACCCAGCUUGCCUUACGCUUAGGAUACACUUCUUCAAUGGCCUCGUCGCUCCACCAUAUGAUCCCAAAGGCGCAUUGUCCGACGGGUCUUCCGUUACCAGAAAGCUUGCAAUGGGACUUGUUCAUGGACGCCCAGAUUGACCUUACUAAACUCUCAAUCUCCAUUUCAGAUGUGUUCUUCUCGUCUCCAUCAUCCACACGAGCGCUUCUCCUAAGCGGACGGUUCGCUCAUCACGUCGACAACUUUCAGAAUCUGUUGACCAGAUGGUACAACGACCAUCUGCAAUCCAACCGCAUUACCGACACGAACCUGGCUCUGACGACGAGUAUAGAAUAUAAUUCAAUGCGAGCAUUGCUGAGCUCGGUUGGCAUGCAAGCAAUCGUUGAGAAGACUCUCGAGAACAAUCCUGGCUUGAUGCCAGAAGAGGCUCGACCAGUGGUUGCAGGAGACUCUGAUUAUGAGUACGUCCAGCAGGUCCUCGACAGUUGUUCGGAGAUCUUGAAGCUAUUUCAAGGCUAUGCGGGGAAAGAUAAUCUUUUCCAACUUCCAUCGAGGAUCGUUUACCGCGUUUUCAUGUCCUCGAUUCUGCUUCUCAAGGCCUUGAGCAUCGGUGUCAGGCAGUCUCAAUUCGACGCAUCCUUAGACAUCCUUAACAGCAGUAUACAAGCUUUAAGGUCGCAACGGCUGGACGAUCUGCAUUGCCUCCCACGGUACGCUGGGCUGCUGGACAUCCAGUUGAAACGCCUCCGUCGCUACUUCGCCGAGUCAUCGAGGUAUCCGUCUUCGUCGGCUGCGGGUGCGACGACAGUCCCCGGAAUGCCGGCAGAUUCUGCAACAACGGCCCGGGAGGCUGAAUCGCAAGCGUCUGAAACGAAUGGGCCUAGGCUAGGGCCUGAGUUGGAAUGGCCAGACUUGAACAUGGAGAACUGGCUGCGACUACCAUUUGAUCCCUCAAUGGCUCCAUUUGACUUGACAGGAUCUCUAUCACAAACGGGGUUAGAUUUGAACGGGCUGGACUUCAUGUGGAACCUCGGCCAUGAAUAG